GGUGGUAGUGGUUUAUAGAGGGGGCGGAGAUUUGAGGAGUCUCGAAAGUCAGAUGGAAAAAGGUGGAAGUGAAAGUGUCACAGUUAAACUGUAACCUUUCACUCUGCCGCAGCAGUCACAAAUGGAUAAGUUUCGGGUGGUUCUGAACAUUGCCAACAAACAGUCCAACCUUGGUUUUGGACUGUUGGCCCUGAUGACAGCAGGAGGGGAGCAGAUUUUCUCCUCAGUGGUGUUCAGUUGUCCCUGCAAUGAGUUGAACUUCAUAUAUGGUUUGGUGUUCCUGCUGGUACCCGGUCUGGCCCUGCUGCUGCUGGGUUACAUCCUGAAUAAGAAGACAUGGAAGCUCUUGACAGGUUUUUGCCAGGGCCAGGCCAAGCUGUGCAGCUGCAGAACUGCCGUGACAGUCCUCUUCCAGAUCAACACCACAGCGCUGGUGGCACCUUUCACCUGGAUUGCUGUGGCUCUGCUCAGCGGCAACUACUAUGAGUGUCUGAUGACUGGGACCAAGAUUAGUCCAGUCCAACAUCUGUGUGAAAGAAACCACUCCAAGGUCCCGUGUGAGAACCUGCACAGGUUUCCCUGUAGAGGUACCAGUGUACGGCAGACUGACAGAGAGGAUGUCCUGCUGGCGUUGAAAGCUCAGUCUCAGAUAUUGGGAUGGCUGCUCAUCGCCUCUGUCAUGUUGUCCAGCCUUCUGCUGACCUGUCUGGCUCGGUGCAGCUCCCCCAUCAGCUACCUGCAGCUCAAGUUCUGGAGGGCGUAUGCUCAGGAGGAGGGCGAGCUUAUUGAAUCAUACACCGCGAAAAACGCCAAAGAACUUGCCCAGCGGAACCUUCAGAGUUUCUUCCACCAGAAACAAGCUGAACCCAUCCUCACCCCUUCAACCAAAGACUGGGAGAAGAUCUCCUCCCUCUACAAAUUUAGCACCAAAGGACAGUUCUACAGCACCUUGCACCGCUAUGUGGAGACACGCGAGGAGUGUGAAGACGGGAUGAUGAGGAUGGCUUCCAUUGUGUCAAGCGAGUCUGCUGAUGACCACCCAGCUGUUCUUCAAUUUGUAGACGACUGCACGUUUCCGGUGUGAGGUCUUUUGAUGUAUGGAUUACACUCAUAUAUCACUGAACUCCACUCAGUGCAGGUGUGGCUAUUAAGAGUCACCUCAUAUUUGGUCUGAGAGAAUGUAUUAGCUUAGCCUUUUAUUAGCAUCCAUACACUUACUCCUUGACACAGAAAUACAAAAAAGAAAACUGUUGUAAAUUAAUAUGGACUUUAAUGGGGGAAAUAUGUGAGAUGAUCUGUAUAAUGGCAGAACAGCCUCACACACAGACGCUUUAUACAGACAGAAGGAGUAGUAAAGUUAAAGUGGCCACUAUGUGAUGGCCUAAAUGUCCUCUGUGUACCACCAUUUAAACAAAGCACAUGCUAAGUGUGAGGCCGAUAAGAAGAACAGCCAUACAGACAGACAGAUUUCUGGAAUUAGUAGAAAGGUGUCGAAGUCUGAAUCCCAGUGUCCAAUGUCCUCUUGGAGCUUUCACAGCCUUUUGCUGUUGUGUUCAGGUGUAAAGAAGUAGGACAUAAUGUUGACAUGAGUCAUGUCAGACUAGUCUCUAUAACAUAUAAUCAGGAUUAGGCAUGGAAUAUUCUAUUAAACACUCAUUUAAAAGUCCUAUUCAAGAUAAUUAAUCCAGAAUAAUGUUCCUAUUCAAAAUCUUGCGGCCCCUGUAAACAUAGUUACUGUGUGUGAAGUAAAACAGAUCAGUGAUAUCAAUUAAACAUGAACAACAGGAACAGUGAUGAUGUGUAAAGAGCUUCCUGUCCACCCAGUGUUUGUGUAGGUUUGAACAGGAUACGUGUCACCUUCGUACAGUGGUUAAGAGUUGAACACUUCCUGUGCGCUGCUGGUAACCUGCGAACAUUCAGUCUAUGUGCAUCAGUGAUUUCUUUCUCUUCACUAUGGCACCCUAUACAAACUGUACAUUCAGCAAAGCAAGCUGUGAGCAUUGUGUGCUGUUCAAACGUGAGUUUAUUGUCUAGUGUGAUCCAAGGUGUUGAAGCUUUCAGCCAUUUCAACUGUGUCAUUAUUAAUCAUUGGAGGGUUCAUAUUGAGAUGGAGGAGAUUAUUCUCAUCUACAAAUGAUGCAUGUCAUGUGUGGAGAGGAUGUCUCAGUUUAAUGCACUCAAGAGUGUUUUAGUCUGAGGAGUCACUCUUGAGGGAAAGAAACCACUUAGAGGAUGACAUCAUUUCCCCUCUUGAUACUUGGGAUUGCUUCCCUCUUUAGCUGUAACACUGCUCUGCUCUCUAUGGAAACAUUCUAAUACUAAUGAAUAAAUACUCUCAUUCUG